CAUAGAGCUUGCGGUGGGCGUGACCUCCCCGGCACCGAUUGGCUGGGAGCUUUGGUAGGUGUGCGGUGAUUGGUCGGUCCGUGCCGGCUGAGCGGUGCGGGAUGUGUAGCGCAAGCUGUCAGCCGGCUUUCUCCUCAGACAGGCGAGGGAUGCUGCGGGAACUGGGAUGGUCUCCACUGAACUGAACGGGCACACGCUGGCCAAGGAGGCCGAGGACGGUCUGGCCAGCCCCAGCAGUAAUGGAGAGGUGUCGGUGUGUGUCGGGGGAGCGCAGCAGGAUGAGCGGCAGGCCAUGCUGCCCGAGGGGGCCCCUCCUGUACUGGAGACCCGGCUGUACCGGCGGAGGUUCUUGGUGCUCGUAGUGUUCUCUCUCUACUCCCUGGUGAACGCUUUCCAAUGGAUCCAAUACAGCAUCCUGAGCUCCAUCUUCACCGGCUUCUAUGGGGUCUCCAACCCGGACAUUGACUGGCUGUCUGUGGUGUACAUGGUGGCCUAUGUGCCCCUCAUCUUCCCGGCCACCUGGCUGCUGGACACCCGGGGCCUCCGCCUCACCGCCCUGCUGGGCUCCGGACUCAACUGCCUGGGGGCAUGGGUGAAGUGUGCCAGCGCCCGGCACGACCUCUUCCCCGUCACCAUGCUGGCCCAAACCAUCUGUUCUGUGGCCCAAGUCUUCAUCCUCGGCCUCCCCUCCAGGGUGGCGUCUGUAUGGUUCGGGCCCAAAGAGGUGUCCACCGCCUGCGCCACCGCCGUACUGGGCAACCAGUUUGGCACGGCGAUUGGUUUCCUCCUCCCUCCAGUGUUGGUCCCAAGAUCUGAUGAUAUAGAGUUGACAGGACACAAUAUCAGCAUCAUGUUUUAUGGGACAGCGGCGGUGUCUACUCUUCUAUUCAUUCUGACAGUUGUAGUCUUUAAAGAGAAGCCGAAGAUCCCCCCCAGCCAAUCGCAAGCCGUUCUGAAGGACAGCUCAGCUGAAGAGUACUCCUACAAGGUCUCCAUCGUUAAUCUCUUCAAAAAUGUUCCCUUUGUUCUUCUUCUGAUUAGUUAUGGGAUCAUGACCGGCUCCUUCUAUUCUGUGUCCACGCUGCUAAACCAAAUGAUUACAUUUCAUUACGAGGGGGAAGAAGUAAACGCAGGACGGAUUGGGCUCACCCUGGUCAUAGCUGGAAUGGUUGGCUCUGUCAUCUGUGGUGUGUGGCUGGAUUAUACUAAAACUUACAAACAAACGACUCUGAUUGUGUACAUCUUGUCGUUUAUUGGGAUGCUGGUCUUCACCUUUACACUGGAUCUGGGGAAUCUCGUAGUGGUCUUUGUGACGGGCGGCAUUCUUGGAUUCUUUAUGACGGGAUAUCUUCCUCUGGGAUUUGAGUUUGCUGUUGAAAUCACCUACCCAGAGUCUGAGGGCACCUCCUCCGGCCUUCUGAACGCCUCUGCCCAGAUAUUUGGAAUUUUAUUCACCCUGGCUCAGGGAAAGCUGACAACAGACUACAGUCCUCAAGCUGGGAAUAUAUUUCUCUGUGCCUGGAUGUUUGUGGGAAUCAUUUUAACAGCUCUUAUCAAAUCAGACCUAAGGAGACACAAUAUAAAUGCUGGAAUCACGAAGUCCGAAGUCAAGGCCGUCCCUGUGGACAGCCCCGUAGAACCAGCCCCAAGUAUACAAUCCUCCACACAGCUCUAGAUAUGGCUGGAAAAUGUCUGCAAGGUGACGGUGGCACUGCAAAGAGAGUGACAGAGACUUUAGAUGACAUAUUUUUGGUUGAAAGCAGUUGUGCGUUUUCUGCUCACGAAUGUAGCACUGGACUGAAAAGUCACUUCCACCGUCUUUUUACACGUUCAUUACUGGAAUUCAUUUCACUUGGUGUAAAAGUGCAAUCACGCCAGGAUUACCUUAGGUGUUAAGGUAUAAAUGGUGCCGGAUAUCAUAAUACGAUUUUUCGAACCGUAGUUUUACUGUUGCGACUUGACUUGUCAUUGACCUCAUUUGUAAAUGCUUCUUAAAACUUCACAGGCAUGUUAUUAUAAUGAGGUGGCGUUUACCCUUUCCACCAAAAUGGGCGUCUUAAAUCCAGGGUCCUUUUUUAUAAGCAGUUUUGUAUAUGAAUUGCAUAGCUUAUACUUAUAAGCUUGCUCCUAUACAUUCCCCUCAAAGUGAAGCUUUAGAGGUCUGUUCUGUAUGAUUGCAAGGAGAGAGCGAUGUGUUGUUUUUAUGGCAUUUUUUACAAAUGAGGUCAAUUGGUGAUUAAAGCCAUUUAAAGUGGAACUUUACCCAUAACAACUUGAUAAGAAAUAA